AUGCUAACAUCAAUAGGUAUAAUCGAAGAUAGACAACAACAAAUGGCAUGGUAUAGAGCAUCGCAAAAUCUUCAGGAUUUAAUCGCAUCGAUUGAAGAAUGUACGCUCGAUCUUCAUUUAAAAAUUACCAGUCAUCAUAUCAACGACGAUACGUGUGCCAAACAAGAAUUUAUCGAUUAUGGUCUCCUUCUACUCGAUUAUCUCCAACCAUUGCUCAAAUCCAAACAAGAAAAUGUACCUGACGAUGAUCUCUAUUCGCAAGCCUCAACUCUUCGAUCAAAAGUUCUGUCAAAUGAUGAACAACAAUCGAGAACAUUUGGUGUUGAUUUGAAAAAAUGGUUAUCGAAAACGCAUCAAUAUUUACAAUCGACAAGAAUUAUCCUUCCACUCGAUGAUACCGACGAUUCACGAAGUCUACUCGAUAUUACCGUCAAAGAAUGUUACAAACAAAUUCUUGAAUUUGUUGAACAAACCUCAUUUAUCGAUGCACAAUAUCGUCUCGGCGAAUUGCAACGCUUGAACAAUACAAUCAAUCAACUCUCAUCCUUAUCGAAAAAACUACAAAUUGUUUGUAAACAAUCACGAUCAUCAACCAUUAUCGAUUGGAGUAUCAAUAUUCAAAAACAUUUGAACACACUUCUAAUCACCGAAACCUAUAUGAAAUGGGUCUCGUUUCCGUGUCAACCAAUGGCAAAGAACGAUUUACAUAUUCUCUUGCAAACCCAAGAAUUUAUUCGUCAACACAAUCAAACAAAUAUGGACGAUGAUGAUAAUGAAUUGAAUUCGGCAUUGAAAUUAAUCAAUGUACAUCUACAAAAAGUACAAUCAAUUCCGAUUGUCUCCUCGGCCGAUCAACGAUUAGAUGUCAUUUUAAAAUUGUGUCAAUAUCUGUCGAUAAUGAAAGAAGAUAAAUAUAUUCUUCUAGCUGCAUCCAAAUUAGAACUCAAUGUUGCCUGUAAACUCACCAUGAAUCUCAUGAUCAAACCGGAUUUCAUUGAGAAAAUGGACGAACAACAAACGUUGUUGAAUUCGACAAAACUACUUGCCAGUUUAAAUUCAUCCUAUUUCGUUCACACAAUUCUCAAGGCGAUCUAUGAGGAAGUCGCCUCGUGCAAAGUUCAACUUGAUCAAAUCGAAAAUCAGUAUCGUAAUCAAGAAGGAAUGUUAAUCGAGAAUAUUGACAGUAUCGAUGACAAAAUUAAGAUUAUUCAAACGAAAAUGCAUUGUCGACUCGAGUCACAAUUGAGUAUAAUGGCAGAUAUCGAGGCCGAAUUGGCAGCAGCUCAUGACGAGGAAACACGAUUGAAUGAUGUCAAAACAAGACAUUUUAAUGCAUUGAAAAAUAUCAAACAAUUGAAUGAGAACAUUACUACUUUAUUCUUACCGUUGAGAGAAAUUUUGAAAAAAUUCGAAGAAAAUGGAUGGCUUCAAGCUAUUCGUGAUCAUGGUCGAAAACGACAAGAAUAUAUUGUUAAUGAACUAUGCGAUACGAUAUCAAAUCUUUAUUUAAAUGAAUACGAUUUGAAUCAAACAUAUUCAUCAUCGAAUAUUCUCGACGACGAACACAAACAAUUGAAAUCGGAUAUUCUUCGACAACAUGUCUUUCAUAAGAUCAAUUUCGACGAUAUCAAUACUCCACAUGGACGUUCGAGUCUCGUCCUAAUGCAGGUCAUCUAUCCGGAAUUAUUUCAACAAAAUAUUCUUCUAUUCUUAUUCAAAGACGAUACUCUAUCAUUGACAGUUAACAAAUGUUUGGACACAGGCAACGCAAUCGACAUUAUUUUCAAUGUACAAUUGACCAGUUUUCUUCUUGUCGAUAAACGUUCUUAUAAUCGAUAUGCGACAAAUGAAUCUGGUGUAGCUUCUUUGAGUCAAAAGCUCUUAUUUCGACAUUUUGUCAUCGAUCACGGAAUUAGUUCAACGAAAAUCGACAAUAGUUUUCUUCAACUCAUUGAUCGAUUUGAAAGUCAAGUGAGACAAAGAUCAAUGGAUACUGAAAUUGACAUGGAACGAAAACUCAUUCAGACUGAAAUCGACGAUGACAUGAUGUAUUUUGUGUUGCCAUGUGUAAUACAACAGAUAUUUUACAAUCACAAUAAUUUGAGCGAUGAUUACGACCCAACGAUUGAAUCGAAACAUUUACAGCAACUCGAUCGGGAUAUUCAAAACUGGAUUUAUGAUCAACGACAAUCGGGCACAAUUCGAAAUGAACAACAGAUAUAUCAAAAUUCAGUUGAAAAUGAUAUUCGACGAGAUAUCGAAUUUUUCUUAUCGAUCAUUGAUCAGGCAAAAUCGAUUGUCCAUCAAGCGUUACCAUCGACGCAUAAUAAUAAUAAUAAUGUUCGACAAUUGGUCAAAUUAGUCAACAAAACAAGAGACGAUUUGGGACGACAGGUCAUAACGAAAUUGGAGAAAAAAUUGGAUGACACACUACAAAUGUGUAUACCAAAAGAGCCGAUUGCCAAAGCACGAACAUUGGCAAUUGUCGAAGCGAAACAAUUUCAUUAUCCUGUUUUAAAUCAAUUGAAAUCGCUCUUAUCAGAUUCGCAAACCAAAUUCCAUGCAUUCAUAUCGACAUUCAUCGAUCGUCUACAUAUGAUACAAGCACGAUUGCUACAAAUCGUUCUACGUCAUCAAGACAAUACGAAUGAAAUUGAUCUCUACAUGAAAUCGCAUCAAAUCUCGACAUUUCUAAUUACAAUCAUGAAAUUUGUCAUGGAUAAUAUUGAUACUUUUGGUCUGAAAAUAUCCGUUCAAACAUUCUAUGACAAUAUGAAAAUGUUCAAUGACGAUA